AUGUCCAGACAGAGACUCACAAUGGUGGCGCUCGCCGGUGUAGGAGUCAUCGGCGCCACAAUGUUUUUCCCACGAAAAGCCAACCCUCAGAAUGAUGUUCAAGAGAGGAGGAAUAAAGCACAAGAUGCUCGCGACCUCGGGCUCGGCAGCGCAGGCGUAGGAGGAAACAAAACGACUGGCGGUCCGAGCGAUUCGACAACUCCAUCAGGACCCGAUAAAGAUCCAAGAUACCGUGAAGUCGACACGGGAGACUCGAAACAGUAUCUACCUGCUGGUGGCGUCAGCACCGGAAGGGGAGGUGGAGGCUCGACUGCCAGCGCGUCGGAAAAGCUAGGAUUCAAAGGUUCCAUCUUGGGCGUUGCUGGAGCGAAAACUGCCAGCCGGAGCGAUCAAGAAGGAUAUCACGACACGAGAGGCAUCAGCAGGAUGGGCUCAGAAGUGCCCUCAAAGAAACACUCUGAUGUUAAGGAGUAG